ACUGUGCGGCGGUCCAGAUGUCUCUGGCUCAGCGGGUUCUGCUCACCUGGAUCUUCUCGCUCCUCUUCCUCGUCCUGCUGGUGCUGAAGCUGGAUGGAAAGGUCAAAUGGAGCUGGUUCCUGAUCUUUCUGCCCGUCUGGAUCUUUGACAGCAUCCUGCUGCUGAUGCUGGGCGUGAAGGUGGCGGGGCGCUGCCGGGCCGGGUUCGACCCGCGGCUGAAGCUCUGGUAUCUGCUGGCUCUGAUGAUGAAGGUGGGCUUCUGUGUGACUCUGUGCGCGCGGCUGGAGCAGCUGACCAACCUGCGGCUGCUGAUCAUCUGUGUGCCGCUCUGGACGCCCAUGACCCGAUCUUCAAUAUGA